AUGGGGCCGGCGGAGAAGGCUGAACUGCGAAAGUUCCUCGACAAGAACCUAGCUAGGGGUUUCAUCCGCCCAGCUUCCUCCCCUUUCGUAGCUCCAGUUCUUUUCCGGAAAAAGAAAGAUGGGGGGCUUAGACUAUGUGGGUUGAAUGCCAUUUCCACUACUAAUGCCUACCCAUUGCCGCUGAUUAAAGACCUAGUAGCUGAGGCUACAAAGGGGAAGAUAUUCUCCAAACUUGAUCUACGUGACGCAUACUUUCGUGUGCGCAUCAAAGAAGGGGAUGAGGGGAAGACGGCGUUCAACACCCCGUUGGGACAGUUUGAGUACUUGGUUAUGCCCUUCUGUCUGCAAGGGGCUCCGGGGGUCUUCAUGAACUUGAUUAAUGAGGUCAUGCAUGACUUGUUGUUUAAGGGGGUGAUUGUUUAUUUAGAUGACGUGUUAAUAUACUCCCAGGACCUCCCCUCCCAUGUCAAAUUG